CAUUCAUUGUCUUCUCCGCUUCGAAGCCAUUGUCAUCGAUCGGGUAUGUUCUCCCUCAGUUUGCAUUUGCUGUCGUUUACCAUUAAUUUUCUUCGUCAUUGUAGCUGAUCGUCCACAAAUUUGAAGCCAUCAUCGAGACAGGGUGCUGUAAUUGAACUUGAGGAGGUAAGAAACCAUAAUUAGCUGCCCAUCCCUCUUCCUUCGUCCAAAUUGCCCAGCCAUUUACUUAUGGGUCAGGUGAGUUUUUCUGCAAGAAGUUUUUGUUUGAAAUGACUUAGCUAGUUUAUUUGUGAUUGGACGUCGUUGAUCGGGGAAUAACUAAAGGCAUUGGCUUUAUUUCAACCUUAAUUGUUAAUUAGCCAUCUUGCAUCUGCAGUAAGAGGUAUUUAUCUGCAAGAAACAAUCAGAGACCGACUCACUCAUCUAGGGUUCAUAGCUGAAGAAUUACACAGAUUUGAUUUGAUCUCUUUCUCUUUCCUUAGUGCAGUGAGAUGAUGAUAAUUCUUGCAGAAAAUAAAUUGAUAAAUAUAAAAAAUAAUAAAAUAAAUUAUAUAAAAUUAUAUAAUUAAUUGUUACACUGUUUAUCCUAAUAAUUCCGUCUAUCUAACAUGAGAAGAAAAUGAUGUUAGAAAAAACAAGAAAAGCAAGUUUUGUGAGCUGUCCAAGAAAUAACUACACAUCUCUUCUGUGCGUGUAUAAGUAUUUUCAUCUCUCUCUUUGUUUUUCUCUCAUUCAGAUUUGAUGAAAGUCCAAGUCCUGCUAAAAAAGGCAUUUUCUAAUCAAUCUCCUUCUCCUUGUUUUUGGACCACCAUGUUGGGGAAGUCUAAGAUUAAUCCAUCUUAGUCAUGAGUUCCAUUGAUAAUGAACGUUUCCUGAUCAACCUCUUCUAUCCCAUUAAAAGCAAGUGUUGUGAGCUGUCCAAGAGAUAACUAUACAUCUCUUCUGUGCCUGUAUAAGUAUUUUCAUCUCUCUCUUUGUUUUUCUCUCAUUCACAUUUGAUGAAAGUCCAAGUCCUGUUAAAAAAGGCACUUUCUAAUCAAUUUCCUUCUUGUUUUUGGACCACUAUGUUGGGGAAGUCUACUAUUAAUCCAUCUUUGUCAUGAGUUCCAUUGAUAAUGAACGUUUCCUGAUCAAUCUCUUCUAUCCCAUUAGACUGCACUAUCGCCUUUUCUCUCUUUCUCUCUCCCUCUGUUCUAAUUUUCCUUUUCUGCAGCAACAUCGUUCUGUUUUCCAAGCCAGAGUUUUAUACUCUUCUUUCCUUGACUGCUCUGUUUCAGCUAAGAAACCAUGACUGCCGCCAUUGAAACAGCUGCUGUAUCAGCUUUUAUCCGCUUACUUUUUGAGAAGAUUGGAAACAUUGCCUUCUCUAAACUGCCCAAGUUUCCUAGUGAAAAGGAAGUCUUCGCCAAUAUUAACAAGUGGAAGAAAACGUUGACCGACAUUCAUGAUGUGCUUGAAGAUGCACAGGAGAAGCAGCUGACUAAAAAGUCGGUGAAGACGUGGCUGGAGGACCUCAGGGAUUUGGCUUAUGAUGUAGAGGACAUCUUGGAUGAGUUUGCCACUGAAAUUUUGCAACGCCAACUGAAGGAAGAAUCUCAAGCCAGCUCAAGUAAACUCGGGAAAAUCUCUCAUGCUGUUGGGACAACCAUCAAUCCGCUAGCUGUCAUGUUCAAUUCAAAGAUGAUGUCCAAGAUGAAGAAGAUCACCACUAGAUUUCAGGAGAUGGUAGACCAGCAAAACGACUUGGAUUUGAUAAAACGAGUUGGAGGGACGUCCUCUACCUUUAGCAAGGUAUGUGUGCGACCACCCAGUACUUGCGUUCAACAUGAACCUAGAGUGUAUGGCAGAGACGAAGAUAAAAGAAAGAUAAUUGAUUUGAUUUCGAGCAUUGAAGCUAGUGAUGUGAAAGUUGGAGUAAUACCCAUUGUUGGGAUGGGUGGGGUGGGUAAAACAACACUUGCCCGGCUUGUCUACAAUGACGAGUUAUCACAACAAAAUUUUCAUCUAAAAGCGUGGGUUUGUGUGUCUGAUGAGUUUGACAUUUUGAGAAUAACAAAGAGCAUUCUUGAGUCAAUCACUUUGCAGUCUUGUGAUCUAAAGGAGCUCAAUCAAGUUCAACUCCAACUGCAUCAGUGGCUAGCAGGAAAGAAGUUUUUGAUUGUUUUGGAUGAUAUCUGGAACAAUAAUUUUGAUGAUUGGAACACUCUGUGUUCUCCACUUGUGUAUGGAGCUCCAGGAAGUACAGUGAUUGUGACAACACGUGAUAUGUCUAUUGCACGAAUGAUGAAAACAAUUCAAUCUUACAAUUUGAAUUGUAUUUCAAAUGAAGAUUGCUGGUCAUUGUUUCUUGACCAUGCUUUUCAUAGCCGAAGUGUUCCAGUUGCUGAUCCAAAUUUGCAAGUCAUUCGCGAAAAAGUCAUAAACAAGUGUUGUGGCUUGCCUUUGGCAGCAAGGACUUUGGGUGGCCUUCUACGCUCAAAACCAAGGGAGGAUUGGGAAAAUGUAAUGAAUAGCAAAAUCUGGUAUUUGCAAGGUGACAACAAUGACAUUCUUCCUGUGUUAAGAUUAAGUUACUAUCACCUCCCUUCACAUUUAAAGAGAUGUUUCGCUUAUUGUGCAAUAUUUCCCAAGGAUUAUGUGUUUGGAAAGAAGCAACUAGCGCUUCUAUGGAUGGCAGAAGGUUUAAUUGAGCAACGAGACGAUCAGCUUAUGGAGGAUGUGGGUGAAGAGUAUUUUCAAGACCUAUGUUCUAGAUCGCUUUUUCAAGCUUCAAGCACUAGUGGAUUUGUAAUGCAUGACCUCGUGAAUGAUCUAGCUCGAGUGGUUGCUGGAAAUACUUAUUUUAGAUUGGAGGAUGAAUUUACUGCAAGAAUGCAAGAAAAAGCUCGCCACUCUUCUUACAUUCCUGCCAUCUUUGAUCGCUGUGAAAGAUUUGAGCCGUUUAAAAAGAUGAAGCAUAUGCGAACUUUUCUACCCUUAUCGCUAAGCUAUCGAAAGUGCUACUUAGCAAAUUGCAUUCCUUCUUAUUUGUUAUCAAAGUUGCCAUGCUUAAGGGUUCUGUCCUUCAAUCAUUAUAAUAUCACUGAGCUGCCAGAUUCAAUAGGUGACUUGAAGCAUCUUAGGUAUCUUGACCUUUCAUACACCCCUAUUAGAACAUUACCUGAGACAACAACCUCUCUUUGCAACUUACAAACUAUGCUACUGAAAAGAUGCGAGUGUCUCAAGAAAUUGCCUUCAAAAAUACAGAAUCUGAUCAACCUGCGACAUCUUGAUAUGCGACACACAUUUGUUGAAGGGAUGCCAUUGGGAAUAGAAGAAUUGAAAAGUGUUUGUACAUUGUCUGAUUUUGUUGUAGGGAAAGGUAAUAAAGUCAGUAUAACAGCUUUGAUGAAUUUAAAAUUUCUUCAAGGGGCACUCCGCAUUUCAAGUUUGGAGAAUCUGACUAAUGCUUCAAAUGUAGUGGGAGCCAUCUUAAUGGACAAGGAGAGAAUAGACAAGGUGGUGAUGAAAUGGGGAUUUCGAAAUACACGAAAUGCAAGUCAUGAUAGAGUUGUACUAGAGAAGAUGAAACCACAUGGAAAUUUGAAAGAGCUCACUGUAAGGGGUUAUGGUGGUACCGAAUUCCCAUCAUGGGUUGGGGAUCCUUUAUUUUGUAAUCUGGUGCACCUAAAGUUGUGGAAUUGCACAAAAUGCACAACCUUGCCUCAACUUGGGCUGCUUUGCUCUCUCAAGGACUUGUUUAUCAAAGGGCUUCCCAAUGUAAAAGCAGUUGGUCGUGAGUUUUAUGGGGAGAGUAUGAGUAACUCAAAUCCUUUUCCAGCUCUUGAGACUCUGCACUUCUACUGGAUGAGUGAAUGGGAAGAGUGGAAUUUUUGUGGAUAUGAAUUCUCUCAUCUACGUGAGCUUUCCAUUGUUAGGUGUCCCAAACUGUUCGGAAAAUUACCCAGCCAUUUGCCUUCAUUGCAAAAGCUUGAGAUUAGACAAUGUACGCAAUUGGUGGUUUCAUUUCAAAGCCUUCCGGUGAUAUAUCACUUGGUAAUCUAUGGUUGCAGAAAGGUUAAUUUGGGUGGAGGCUUAAGCUCGGCAAACCUCAUGAUAAUUCGUGAUGUAGAAUCAUUUUUAUUUCCAUUGAAUGAGUUUUUUCAAAACCUAAGAAAGGUACAAAAGUUGACUGUUGUUGGUUCUUAUGUUUCAGAUUACGAUUACCCACAUCCCUCUCUUCCACAUUGGGUGCUAUUUGAAAAUGAAGAGUUUUCGCAAAAGGGCAUCGCUGAAAAUGAAGAGUUGUUGCGAAAGGGUGUUGUUGAUUGUGAAAUUAAAAUUUUGGAAUUAAGAGGUUGUAAAAGCCUUGAGAAACUACAGCCAUGGCUUCACAGCUUUAAGUCUCUGAGAAAGCUAUAUAUUGAAUGCUGCCCAAAACUUAUUUCUUUGCCGGAUGCAGUGAUUUACAGCAGUUUGUGUCUUAAGGAGUUGAAAAUUUUUAGUUGUGAAUCUCUGAUUUCUAUUGGAAGACACCAGCUACCUCCAACUCUAGAAAGGCUAGAGAUAAGUCGUUGCCACAAGUUGCAGAGGCUGCUGGAUGUGGGAGAGGCUUGUUCAUCUUCUAGGGUUACAGAUGAGGGAAGUAUCAGCUGCAACACUAACUCUCCUAAUCUUCAGCAUUUGAAAAUUGGUGGCUGCCGCUCUCUUACAUUCUUAGGGGAGUUACCUGCUUCCCUCAAACAUCUGGUUAUCAACUAUUCCAUAUUUGACAGUGGAAGAGUAGGUGCAAUUUUAGAGUCAAUAAUUGAAAGGUUCAACAACAACACAUCUCUUGAAUCUAUUGAAAUUGGAUAUCUUCCUUAUCUUAAAUCCUUACCCGAGAACUUGCACAUGCUCACCAAUCUCCACCACAUUUCAAUAGUUCACUGUCCAAGUAUUGUUUCUUUCCCGCAAGGAGGGUUGCCUACAGUUCAUUUGAAAAGCCUUAGAGUUGAGGACUGCGAGAAACUCGAGGCCCUUCCUGAUAACAUGUACAAUCUCACAUCUCUUCAAGAAUUCACUAUAAAGAAAUGUCCAAGUGCUGCUUCUUUCCCUCAGGGAGGGUUGCCCACCGCCCAUCUGAAAAAACUUAUAGUUGAAUCCUGUGACAAACUUGCGGCCCUUCCUGAUAACAUGCACAAUCUCAUGUCUCUCCCAGAAUUGACUAUAAAGAAUUGCCCAGGCAUUGCAUCCUUUCCAGAAGAAGGCUUCCCCACCAACUUGACAUCACUUUGUAUUCAUAAGGUCGAGAUCUAUACCCCUCUGUUUAAUUGGGGUUUGCACAGGCUCACUUCUCUCCAGAACCUCAGUAUUGCAGGCAGAUGUCCUGGUGUGGUGUCCUUUCCACAGGAUGAGAUAGAUAUGAAGUUGCCUACCUCUCUUACCAGCCUUACCAUUGAAGGAUUGCAAGACCUGAUAUACCUUUCUAACAAAGGUUUCCGAAGCCUCACGUCACUUGAAUAUUUGAGGAUUGAGAGAUGCCCUAAGCUUGCCUACUUUCCAAAGAAUGGCCUGCCUCCCUCUCUUCUGCAAUUGCAUAUCCACCAGUGCCCUCUGCUUCAACAAAGGUGCCAGAAGGGUAAAGGGCAGCACUGGCCAGAAUUAGCCUGCAUUCCAGAAGUGAUAUUCAAUUGUUAUAAAGUUUAGAUAGUGAUAAGGAAGAGGAAGAAUUAAGGUUUUAAAGCUUGUGCUGCUUAAUCCAGAAAUAUUUUACAUGAUCCCGAAUAAUGGCCCUAAAGGGUGGAAAACAGGUUCAGGUCCAGAGCAAUUGAAGGACUGGCAAAAGGUUAAUUUUAUUUCUACACAGUUACUAAAGCUUUUGAGUUUUGCUUCUCCAAUCUCUAGGGCCAACAAGCUCAAGGCCUGACCAAAGAAAUUAAAAAUAACAAGUCAUCCUAGCAUCAUCUCUUCUCAUCAAGAUUACCCUAUGAUCGAUCAAAUAGUAUAUCAGGACUCUGGUGAAUUUUAUAUAUUGCUGAAUUCAUAUGAAAUUUCCUGUCAUGCUUUGUUGCAUCAUUGCAAAAUGUAUUGUCAUAUUGGUCGCUUUUGCGGCGGAAGUUUACCCUUUUGCUUCCCUUAAACAAUCAAUGAUCACUGUCAAUGAAAGGAAAAUUUUCCUCUUUCUGCAGUGCUUUGUACAAAAUUUCAUUUAUGACAAUAUAAAAUUGCUUUUGCCUUUUGCUCUCAA